AUGUCUGACAACACUGGUAACGCCUCAACUGGCCAGUCAUACCUCGAACAAGCCACAGGCCUUGCUCAGCGUGCCAUGGGUGCCGUUACUGGCGAUUCCUCUACCCAGACCAAGGGUGAACUCAAGCACGAGGAAGGCCAAGCUAAGAAAGAAGCUUCCCACACAACUGCUAAGCUGGGCCCCUUCACGGCCGACCCCAACACCGGAGCCGUUGCUAAAGACGACCCCAAGCGCGAAACAGGAUCCUGGGAUCAGACCAUUGGCUCUGCCAAGGAGUCCAUCGGCAACAUGAUCGGAAACGAGAACCUGCGCCGCACCGGAGCCGAGCAGAAUGCUGCUGGUAAGGAACAAGAGGCCAAGGGCCAGCUCAAGGACUGGGGCUCUGGCAUUCAGAACCGUGCUCAGGGUACUCUUGGAUCCAUUGGUGCCGCUAUCACUGGUGACCGCACGGAGGAAGAGAAGUACCGUGAUAUCCAUGAUGAGGGCAAGGUCCGUCAGCGCGGUGCGGAGGCCGACAUGGCUAAGAAGAAUGGUGCUUAA